UUUCCCUAAUCCACUCUAGGAGCCCCACAUAGCCAAGAGUGAGAAGAAAAGAAAAGAAGGGAAAAGAAAGAAAGAGCACCCACCACCAGUUUAUCCUAGUAAGUGAUGAGUGAAGGUGACAUAACGUGCAACCUAUAACAACAUCCAAACGCUUCUGAAUCACAAAAACAAAAAGCCUUGCAACCCAAAUAUGGCAUGCCACUGACAUACAUUGAGAUAUCUCAAUUUGUGUUCGAGCUGCCAUUCUCUGAUACCGUAUGCUUAUACAGUAUACUAUACAAGAACAACGUAUUAUAAUUAUAUACAUAUAUGCAGCAGAAGAGAAGAGAAGAGAAGAGAAAUAGUUAGUUAAGUGAGUGAGUGAUGUUUCCCCCUGUAGAUAUCAACGACAUAAGAGAGAAGCUCUCCUACCAGUUUCGCCCUUUGCAACGGUCCUUCCAAUUCUGGGUUCGAGCCAUUGAUAUCUACACUGGUUACAAGGUGUUUCAAGUGAAAGUGAAUUUCGAGAGGGAUGUGCAGAAGCGAGAAGCAUUGUGGGAAAGGCAGCACGAGCUCGCUGCUGACAAGGUUUACGCCAUGUGUGCCGACCUCGGUGGUUUCUUCCUCAAGAUCGCACAAAUUUUAGGGAAGCCUGACCUAGCCCCGGCUGCGUGGGUGAGAAGGCUUGUCACGCUGUGUGAUCAGGCUCCUGCGACCCCAUUUCAAACUGUAAAGUUGAUGCUGGAGAAUGAGCUGGGACAGGGUAUUGACGAUGUGUUUGAUAGAUUUGAUAUGGAACCCCUUGGUUCUGCUUCGAUUGCUCAGGUUCAUAAAGCAAGACUGAGAGGGGAUAAAAGUGAUGUUGUUGUCAAGGUUCAACAUCCUGGCGUUCAGGAUCUGAUGAUGACAGAUCUCCGUAACUUGCAAGCUUUCGCCCUGUACAUGCAAAAGACAGAUAUCAAAUUUGAUCUAUAUUCGGUGACAAAGGAAAUGGAAAAACAGAUUGGCUAUGAAUUUGAUUUCAAGAGGGAAGCUGCUGCGAUGGAAUGUAUUAGAAAGUUCUUGUAUCAAAAUAACAGAAGGGCUCCUGUUUUGGUUCCACGGGUAAUACGAGAUAUGGUUACUAGGAGGGUACUAGUGAUGGAGUUUAUUGAUGGGAUUCCAAUAAUGAACCUUGGUGAUGAAAUAGCAAAGAGAGGCAUAAACCCUCGUGGUAGGGCAGCAGCAGCAGCAAAGCAGAAGAUUCUUCAAAGCUUGACUCUAGCUUAUGGUCAAAUGAUAUUGAAAAGUGGAUUCUUCCAUGCAGAUCCUCACCCAGGAAAUAUCCUGAUUUGUAAAGGAUCAGAGGUUGGCUUGCUGGACUAUGGGCAGGUGAAGGAUCUCCCAGAACCAUUGAGGCUUGGUUAUGCUAAUCUAGUUCUUGCAAUUGCUGAUGGUGACCAAUUAAGAGCUGCAGAAAGCUAUAGGGAGCUUGGUAUAGAAACCAUUAGCAAUUGUGAAAAUGAGCAACAAGAAUUGUUUAGACUAGCAACGACGAUGUUUGAUACAAAAUUGCCUCCUGGGGUCACAAUGCUGCAACCUUUCUCAGAGGAGUCUUCAAUAAAGAAAAUCGGGGUUCAAUCUUUCCCAGAAGAACUGUUUUCGGUACUUCGGACGGUGCAUCUAUUGAGGGGACUUAGUGUUGGACUGGGAAUCAAUUAUUCUUGUGCAGAACAGUGGCGACCCAUUGCAGAAGAAGCUUUAUUUCAGGCGGGAAGACUUCAAGGUGUCACCAUAAGACUUCAAGCUUUAUUAACGCUUUGAAAAAUAGAUGGCAAUAAACAUUGUGCAGUCCUUACAUCUUUGGCAAGGAUGUUAAGCCCAGGCCUAAAAAACGCCGUUCGUGGAGAUUAUUUUCGAGAGGCUAAAUAGGUAGGUUUUGAUCAAAGUUACUUGCAUCUUCUUUCUUGGUAAAUUGGCCAAUUAUUUAAGUUCAAUUUUUCAUAUUUCACAGUUGACAUUGAUGGUUACCGAUGAUCCGUAUUUUUUCAUUAGGAUUUUGGGUGGCGGUACCUUGCAGGUUCUUUUAGAUUUUUUUUUUUUUAAUUUUUGGAUUGUGCCGUUUUCUUCUAUUUCUUUAUUUUUUUUGUUAAAAUUUUUACAAGAUUAACUCCAUCACGAUUUAUUUAUAGUCUGCUCUCUCUGUCUCAAAAUAAUCAAUGUAUAUGAUUACAAUUUAUCAUAAUAAGAUUUUGUGGUGCCUUGGAGGGUAUUCUUUUAAAA